GAGGCGCCGGACGGAGCCGGGCUGGGCUGAGGGGAGACAAAAGAAGAGGAGCCACGAAGCCUCCAACACGAGGCAGCCGCUUCUCCGGGCUGCCUCAGACGGACGCCCCGCCACCCCCCGCUGCUGGCGGACACUUGCUGCUGCCUGCGAAGGAAGAGGAGGAAGAGUCGGCCCCUCGCUUCAUGGCUGAGCAGCACUGAGGCGGCGGCGGCGGCGGCGGCGGCUGGAGCUGGAGCCCCGAGGAGCAGCGCUCAAUCCCGGCGCGCAGCCUCUCCCGCGGCUGCUGCUCCUGGAUCUCCCGCGGGAUUCUCGCCUGGGCGGCCGGGCGGCGCACGAUGCGCCCUGCUGCUCGCUUCUGAACGCCAGCCCCGCCGCGAUGAUCUCUCCGGAGCAGCAGCAGCAGCAGCAGCCCAACCAUGUCGUGGCCACCAUCGAGAACCUGCCGCCCGAAGGCAGCGGCAGCAGCAGGAGCAGCAUCUCCGCCCCCUCGGCUUCCAGCGUGCGCCAGAGGAUCCGGAAAGUGUUUAACAGGGAGCUCCUGUUGUCUAUAGCUCUUGGGCAGGUUCUGUCCCUGCUUAUCUGCGGUAUUAGCCUGACCAGCAAGUAUUUGUCAGAUGAUUUUCAUGCCAACACUCCAGUCUUUCAGAGUUUCCUGAACUACAUUCUCCUAUUUUUGGUCUAUACCACAACAUUAGCUGUCAGACAAGGAGAAGAAAACUUGCUGGCAAUCUUGAAACGAAGAUGGUGGAAGUACAUGAUCCUGGGGAUAAUAGAUAUAGAAGCAAAUUACCUGGUAGUUAAAGCUUAUCAGUAUACCACUUUUACUAGUGUACAGCUCCUAGAUUGUUUUGUGAUUCCAGUUGUGAUAUUACUAUCUUGGUUCUUCCUGCUGGUUCGGUACAAGGCAGUGCACUUCAUUGGCAUUGUGGUCUGCAUUCUGGGGAUGGGCUGCAUGGCAGGAGCCGAUGUCCUUGUUGGAAGGCAGCAAGGGGCAGGAGAAAAUAAACUUAUAGGGGACCUUCUAGUACUAGGUGGAGCCACUCUCUACGGCAUCUCCAAUGUUUGUGAAGAGUACAUCGUACGGAACCUGAGUCGGGUGGAGUUCCUAGGCAUGAUUGGACUCUUCGGUUCCUUCUUCAGUGGAAUUCAGCUUGCCAUAAUGGAACACAAGGAGUUGUUAAAAGUUCCCUGGGAUUGGCAAAUAGGAUUGCUCUAUGUUGGCUUUAGUGCUUGUAUGUUUGGCCUCUACAGCUUCAUGCCUGUGGUCAUUAAGAAGACUAGCGCUACAGCAGUCAACCUCUCCCUGCUUACAGCAGACUUGUACAGCCUUUUCUGUGGAUUUUUUCUCUUCUACUACAAGUUUUCAGGACUAUAUCUUCUGUCAUUCUUCACAAUCCUUGUGGGGCUGGUGCUGUACUCCUCAACGUCCACAUACGUUGCCCAAGACCCACGGGUGUACAAGCAGUUUCGAAACCCUUCGGGUCCUGUUGUAGACUUGCCAGCCUCUGGGCAGCUGGAACCAUCAGUAACAUACACCAGCCUAGGCCAGGAAACGGAAGAAGAACCUCACGUCCGAGUCGCCUAAUCUCAGGCCCUUGCCACCCUCAGUGGAGUUUGUAUCUCCAUUAUCUCUGUAUCAUUCAUAGAGAAAGGUAUUUACCGGAUGCAGUUACUCAGGUGGGCUGCAAGGUAGCAAAUAGGGAAGGCUUAUUAAAAAUACAAACUAUA